GAGGCGGCUACUUCCGGAUCGCGUUCUCGCGGGAACAAGUCACGUUACAAACUCAAGCACACAGACAACAAUGUCGGUGCGACGACAGCGAUAUUUCACAACUUAUGUCAGGGUGCAGAAAUGGAAAGCUCUACAGGUGGAGGUACACCCGAUGUCCUCGGAGAAUACCGACUUGUCCUGGCACUUUGAAGACAGACAUUUCCAGGAGAUUUUGCAGUUGUUGCGGGGACCAAUUUUUGAAAGAGUGAAGUUGAAAAAACAUGAAAUAAAAAAAGACAUGGUCAAGUCGAAUAUCAUGACAGGGCCUACAGUCCGCCUUGGAUAUGAUUUUCGAGCUAAGCCGGAAUAUGAGACCUGCCUUCUGCCGAUAUCUCAGCCACUUUACACCAGCGAUAGUGAGGAAGAGCAGCAGGCUUGGACGUCCGGAUACCGCAGCCUCAGUCUGCACCAUGAGAAGCUGGUUGUGUACAGCUGUCUACUGAAGGAGAAGUCCAGUCACAGCAGCAUGGCCCAGAUCCUGUCUGCGAUGUCGACGGAGUGCAGCAGCAGCAGCAGUCAACAGCCACAGAAAGUCAGCAUCAGCAGCUACUUCCACAGAGUUGUCCCCCCUGGCGGCACACCAGCCAAGUCAUCACAGUCCAGUGCUUCAACACCAGGUGGCCCUAGGUCCCCCCCAGCAUGCACCACAGGCCAGGAUGAUGUGGCAACAGCCCUGCCCUCCGACACACGCAAGAGAAAACUAAAAAGCAUAAUCAAGCGAAGCGGACCCAAAUUGUCGAAGAAAGCUAAGAAAAUGAAGACGCUGAAAGACAUUUUGAAGCCAGGAAUCCCUUUAGAGUGUGCUGGAGGUAGUCUGGAGGACAAUGUUACAGGUGACAGUGAAUUCAGCAGAAUGUCAUUCUUCGGAGAUUUACCUGAAGCAGAUUGUCCAACUGUGGAUGAUAAUAAUACUCAACCAGAUCCAAGACGUGAAAUUAUUGACAGAAUUAAAGCAAACGCUACAGAACCAAAAGACUGCUCAGAAAUAGAAAUGUGUACAAGAUCAGAAAGUUACAAAAACCUGGAUUUGUUUUCAGAAGAUUCCCAUAAGAAAUGCAAAGUGACAUCUGUGUGUGGUGACAACGACAAUGUUCAGAUCAAUUCAAGUAACCAUGGUAACCGAUCAUAUGGCUCGGAGGACAUGUUUAUGGAACACUGUGAUGAAGAAACAGAGGAUGAAGUAAACAUCACUGAACUGAAGAAAGCUGAAUCUGAAUAUCAUACUGCAAAGGAGAAGAUGGACUCUGCAAUCUGUAAGCCUGUGUGUAGUCCACCACGUCCACAAUAUGACGUAACAUAUGACUCGGAGGGUAGUGAUUGUUGUAUGAUGCCAGAGAUUUCUUUACAGAGUGAACAAGUUCAAGUGUCUGUUACAGAUCACAUUCCUCACUCAAGAUCUGAACCUAUAUUUAAAGGUUCAGGGUUUAAACAUUUGAGAAUGGAUUUCAUUCAAAGAAGGCUUACUGUAGGCUCGAAUGAGACCUUACCAUCAGCAAGUUUUAUACAUGAGUUUGACCCCGAUACUCCCGAUGUGAAGUCAGGAAGAGUGGUGGCAGAAGGAAAUGGUGAUGAAGGCUGUACCAAGAGAAACAGAAACGUGGAAAUGGAGGGUACUGUGUCCGAUAAAAUAGAUUGUGAAGUCUUGCCGCAGAUAACUUUGAAGAAGCGAGACCGAAGCUGGAGAAAAUCCUUGGCGCUGUUGAUGAAAGAGAAGGACAGUCCCCAAGAAGUUGAGAAGGAAGUGAUUGACUGUGAUACCAUCGACUGUGAUCUGAUCGAGGUGCUGGAGGAACUCCCAAGGCAUCCCAUGAUCCUCACAGAGGACCUGAGACAGGAGCUGAGUCGAGUCAGGACCGAGUCGGAGCUGAGAGAGUCCCACAUUCAGAUGAUGGUGUUUGCCAGCGAGGGCUAUCUCCGAUCCAUCUUCACAGGCCAGAUUCAGUGCCGAAGACAUGAAGACUACAAGAGAGGUGGAAUAGCCAGGUUGAACCUCAACUAUCAGGUAAACCUCGGGAUGUUCUCUGAGCCUCAGCAGGAUGCUGUCAUGGAAACUCUAAUGGCAAUAUUUUGUAAACGCCAUCAUAAGUACAUGGACUACCUCCUGAAGGUGCUGCUGCCGGAGAUGAUGAUACGGAUCCUGAUGGAGGUGAAGCACACAACCUACGAUGACACGGAGGCACUCAUGAGUGGGGCUAUCCAGUAGUGUGUAGAAACACCAGCACUCUUGUGGCCAACUGAUGAGGUUCAGCCCUCUCUGCGACUCUGAUGAGGGGCACUCUUGUGGCCAACUGAUGAGGUUAAGCUCUCUGUGAGACUGUAGAGACUCUGAUGAGGGGCACUCUUGUGGCCAACUGAUGAGGUUAAGCUCUCUGUGAGACUGUAGAGACUCUGAUGAGGGGCACUCUUGUGGCCAACUGAUGAGGUUAAGCUUUCUGUGAGACUGUAGAGACUCUGAUGAGGGGCACUCUUGUGGCCAACUGAUGAGGUUAAGCUCUCUGUGAGACUGUAGCGACUCUGAUGAGGGGCACUCUUGUGGCCAACUGAUGAGGUUAAGCUUUCUGUGAGACUGUAGAGACUCUGAUGAGGGGCACUCUUGUGGCCAACUGAUGAGGUUAAGCUCUCUGUGAGACUGUAGCGACUCUGAUGAGGGGCACUCUUGUGGCCAACUGAUGAGGUUAAGCUCUCUGUGAGACUGUAGCGACUCUGAUGAGGGGCACUCUUGUGGCCAACUGAUGAGGUUAAGCUCUCUGUGAGACUGUAGCGACUCUGAUGAGGGGCACUCUUGUGGCCAACUGAUGAGGUUAAGCUCUCUGUGUGAGACUGUAGCGACUCUGAUGAGGGGCACUCUUGUGGCCAACUGAUGAGGUUAAGCUCUCUGUGAGACUGUAGCGACUCUGAUGAGGGGCACUCUUGU